UUGUAAAGAAGUUACUGAGCGCGUAACGUGCAGUAUUUUUUUUUAUUAAAAUAUCUCGUCGUGAAUUUUUCACUAACAAAUAAUAAGUUUUUCUUAAUUCUUGAAUUAUAUCUAUUGAAGAUUAGGAAGAAACCUUCAAUCUGAUGUUAGAAGCUCAUCUUGAAGACAAAUCGAACAUUUAUUAAUGGUGUUCAUCUACCGCCAUUACAGCAAAGGUAUCUAAACGAAAUCGAAGCGAUUUCUUUUAUUUAUGUACCAAAAAGUCUUUUAUAUUGUAUUAAGAAGUUUGAGAGUUAUUUUUGAAGAAAUAUUCAUAAAUCAUUUGGUUCUUGGAGUUCCUUGUCUUUUCCUGAUCCACUCGUGGCGUGUAGAGUAGAGUUUGGCAUUGCACAGAUAAUCCGAGAUACCGUCUGGAAUCAUGCUUCAGCAUGGAAUCGCCUGUCUGGGGAGCCACCAUGGGGGUUAUUGCACCGUUUCCAAUGUCUUUUAUCCUAAAAAUGUAAAUUCACAUACAAGUCGCAAUUUCGAAGCAAGUCUUGUAUCUCAUGACGCCACCUGCCAGUUGUUUGGUAUGAAAGCUGCUCAUUCCCUUGCCCACAGCAGGAGGUAGCAUGAAGUUACUUCAAAGAAUUUAUCCCAGGAAUCGAUCUCAUACUUGUUUAAUGUAUUUGUAAAGCUCAGGAAAAUUUUAAAAAAGUCUUUUUAAUCAUGAAAAUGUGAUGUUUUUGAAGCUCACUAUUGUCUAGUCAUAUUUCUUCUAAAUUCAUUCCUUUUAAUGAAGUUCCCGAUGUUCGAAUCUUAAAAGGUUUCAUGGAAUUUUAAGUCCUUAUCCUCUGAACUGUUAACGAAUCCCGAUCCUGAAGAAGAUGUAUGAGUAUAGUCUCAGCUUGAAAGAAAGCAUUCAUUCAAUAUCAGCCUGCAGAUAUAAAAUUUGAAAAGCGCCAUUUGAUGUUACAAAGAUUCCUGCAUUUAUUCUGUGAUAGAGCAUACCUGUGAUAUUUUAAGCUUAUUUUAAAAAUUCCACCCAGUAUUAUAAAUCUUAUUUGAGAAGUCAGACCAAAAGCUUAAAGUUAUACAAAAUUUUCAAUAUAAAGCAUAUGUCUUAAAGAGAGCAUUUCCAAGAAGCUGUUCCUGUGAUGAACUGUGUUGCACACCAUAGAUUUGUAGAAGCCAGAACUUUUCAACCUGAAGCUUUUUAAUCAUCUACAUCAAGGCAGUGGGAAGAAAAUCUACAGUGUUGUUUUUAUCUUCGUCUGGCUGCUAAAGUUACCAUCAUUUUCCCCAAGAUCUACUCGAAAUUGACAUUAAUGUGCAGUUGCCUCUACAGUAAAGGUGUCCGAGAACCUGUUAUGUUCAUUUGUGCUUGCCGAGUGAGUGGAUAUCGCUUCACAUGUGAUCAUUAAUCAGAUAAGAAGUUUAUGAUUUACUGAAGUGUUGAAAAAAAAUGAGAAUUUUUAUAAAGAAAAAUGGAUGCUGGCUUAUAGUUCUUAACUGAUGAAAUAGCUAGUAGUAGGAUGUCCUUACUUAGGAGACUCUGCCAUCUUCAAGGAAAGUUUUAAUUUUUUCAAAGUAUUUAAAAAAAAAAAAACUGCCAGUGAUCACCAUGGCUCCUUUCAAAGCUGACUUUUUCAAAGUAUGGGGAGAAAAGGAACGUGUAGAAUUCAUCAACUUCUGUCAAAAUGCCCUUGAAAAAUUCCAGGAUGCCAGCCUUGCUUUUGGUAGUGAGCCAAAGGACUUAAAUUUUGUACUGUAUGAAUUAUGCCGGUAUUGCAUCCAUGGUGAAGUAACAACUGAAGCAGUUGUGUCAGCUCUGAGUGAAAUUCUAUCUUUGCAUCCUGAAUUACCAUCUUUAAUAGCUGACAUCUUGAAUAUAUUGGACACUGAAUCUCAGUGCAGUGAAUCUGGUCAUACAUACAGGGAAAGGUAUUUCAGUCUACUCCGUUUCUGUAACAACAAAAUUGUACCUGAAUUUGUACUCAAGGAGCGCUUGGAUUUUGAAACUCUUGGUGAUGCGGGUAUAAUGAAAUUACUUCGUAAUACUCAGACAAAAUUUAUAAAAACAAAGACCAGAUUGUUUUACAAACAGCAAAAGUAUAAUUUGUAUCGAGAAGAAAUUGAAGGUUAUGCUAAAUUAAUUACUGAAUUGGAUCCACCCCUAGAUCAAGAACCAAACAUAGAACAUUCUUUAGAAGUUCUUCAAUCCUUGAUUGGUUGUUUUAAUCUGGAUCCAAACAGAGUUCUGGAUGUAAUCUUAGAAUCCUUUGAAUGUAAACCUCAAUUUUCAAACUAUUUUACCCAACUGUUACGUUCUUAUUUUGGAGCAUCAGAAACAAUAAGUCAGGUGAUAGGUUUUAAGUUCGGUUUUUAUCAAAAUGGUGAUAUAAAAGAAACUCCUGCCUCUUUGUAUCGGGUUGCUGCUUUUUUGCUGAAAGCUGAAGUCAUGCAGCUAAGUCAGUUAUAUUCAUUACUGACACCAAAUGAUAGCAAAAUUGUUGAAGAGCACAAACAAGAAUUUGACAAUGCUCACCUGUAUGUGAAGCAAUUGAACAGCCUUUCCACUAAUGCAGCUGGUGAUGCCAAUAAAGAAGGUGCUAAAACUGAGAUUAAAUCUGACGUUGAAGACAACCAAAAGUUAGGCUUGUGUGCUGCUUUAAUUGAUGUUGGAGACUGGGAACAUGCUCGCCAACUUAUGGGCUGUUUCCCAGAUUAUUAUGCUACAUCUCAUUUAUUCAUUGCCAAGAAGUUGUGUCAGUUAAUUCAUGUACUUAUUGAUGAUUUUUUUAGAAAGCAUAGCUUUACUCCUCAGAUCAGAGCAAGUACACCCUUGACAUUAGACUCGAAUGUAAAUAUUAAAAAAGUUGAGGACUUUACCGAAUUAUUUAAUGAUGUCUGUGAAAUGGUUGUUGCACUUGGACCUCACUUGCACAUUGAUCCUGUAUUGAUGGCAAAAAUUAUUCGUUUAUCUCGAUUUUGGAUGAGUACUAAAUCGGAAGUUCCUGAAUAUGGUAUUGCUGCCAUAUCAAAUAUUAUAGAUCAUUCUCUUUUACCAUCUCUCUCUCUUUUGGAAUGCAAUUGUUGCAUGGCAGAAGAAUUGUGGAGUUUGCUUAAACUGUUUCCAUAUCAAAAUCGUUACUCAUUUUAUUACAAUUGGAAAACAUCUGCUAGUACUUCACAUCCUCUUUUAAUUAAAGUUAAAGCCGAUAUUCUUAAAAGAUUGAAAUACAUUAUGAAACGUUUGAGCAAGGAAAAUGUUAAGCCAUCAGGUCGACAAAUUGGAAAACUCAGCCACAGUAAUCCUGGUUACAUCUUUGAUUACAUUUUAUCACAAAUCCAAAAUUGGGAUAAUUUAAUAGCCCCUGUCAUUGAUUCUCUGAAGUAUCUGACUUCUUUGUCUUAUGAUGUUUUGGCCUAUUGCGUCAUAGAAGCACUUGGAAAUUCAGAAAAAGACCGUAUGAAGCAUGAUGGUACUAGCAUAUCUGUCUGGUUGCAAAGUUUGGCAAAUUUUGGAGGUGCUGUCUUUAAAAAGUAUCCAAUAGAUAUUUCUGGUCUCUUGCAACAUGUUGCAAAUCAACUUAUUGCUGGCAAAAGUCUUGACUUAUUGAUUUUGAAAGAAGUUGUGCAGAAAAUGGCUGGUAUUGAAGCAACUGAAGAAAUGACUGCAGAACAGCUUGAAGCUAUGACUGGUGGUGAGUUAUUACGAUCUGAAGGUGGUUAUUUUAACCAACUGAGGAAUGUUAAGAAAUCUUCUCAACGUUUAAAGGAAUCCCUUCUUGAUCAAGAUUUAGCUAUCCCACUAUGCUUAUUGAUGGCUCAGCAAAGGAACUGCAUUCUGUACCAUGAAAAUGAUAAUAGUCAUGUUAAGUUAGUAGGGAAGCUGUAUGAUCAGUGCCAAGAUACUCUUGUACAGUAUGGUAGUUUUCUUGCUAACAAUUUGAAUAUGGAAGACUAUGCCAACAGACUUCCUUCUGUUUCAGCAUUGCUGACUGAAUACAACAUUCAAACUGACGUUGCUUUCUACUUAUCCAGGCCCUCAUUAAAUCACAUUUUGAACUCAAAGUUUGAAGAACUUCGUAAACAAGACAAGAAUAUGAAAGUUUUAAGUUCUCAACAGAGUGUGAAGAAAUAUAUUGAAAUUGUUGAGUCUAUAACCUCCCCUAUUGUACAAUCAGUAAAAUCGAAUCAAGUGCAUAAAAAGGCUUGGGAAGACUUGAAUCCUCAAUUUUAUGUUACUUUCUGGUCUCUGAGCAUGUAUGACCUUGUAGUUCCAAGUAGUAGCUAUGAGCGAGAAAUAAAUAAAUUAAAGGCAGUUCUCCAAAGUGAGGAGAGUAAAGAUGCUGGUAAGAAGAAGAAGGAUCGUGAAAGAUGUGAUGCCCUUAUUACCAAACUAGUCGAAGAAGAAAAAUUGCAACAGGAACAUUGUGCUCGUGUCAUGGCUCGAUUAAGGUGCGAGAAGGAUGACUGGUUUCAAUCCAGAGCUGCAAAGAAUGAAACUAUUACUCAGUUCCUACAACUGUGCUUAUUUCCUCGUUGCAUUUUCACUUCAGUAGAUGCCCUGUAUUGUGCAAAAUUUGUCCUUCUUAUCCAUUGUUUAAAGACCCCAAACUUCUCUACUUUGCUUUGCUAUGACCGAGUAUUUUGUGACAUAACAAUGACUGUAGCAUCUUGUACAGAAAAUGAAGCAAAUCGAUAUGGACUUUUCCUGUGUUCCAUGCUGGAAACUGUGAUGCGAUGGCAUAGUGACAAGGCAAUAUUUGAUAAAGAAUGUGCAAAUUUCCCUGGAUUUAUGACCAAGUUCAAGGUUGCUGAUAAAACUGGAGAUUCAUCUGUUGAUCAUGUGGACUAUGAAAAUUACCGCCAUGUUUGUCACAAAUGGCAUUUUAAGAUAACUAAAUCACUUUUGAAAUGCUUGGAUUCUGGUGACUAUGUCCAGAUUAGAAAUAGUCUCUUAGUACUUUGGAAAAUUGCCCCUCAUUUUCCUGUUAUACAAAGUUUGGGAGGAGCUCUGGAUCGUCGAAUGGAAAAAAUAAAAAUUGAAGAAAAAGAAAAGAGACCAGAUAUAUAUGUAUUAGCUACUGGCUAUUCCGGUAUUUUGAAAAAUAAAAAAUCUUCUCUCAUUCCAGAAAGUGAGUUUCAUUUAAAAGAAAACACUCGCCAUGUUGCAGCUGCAGCUGCUGUCAAAACCGAGCCUGCUCCUAAAAUUGACAAGCGUGAAAAUGAGAAUCUUAUUGAUGCUUCUAAAGACAGGAAAUCAAAUCCUGAUAUCAGAGUUGAACCUAAUCGUGUAAAAUCUGGUUCUUCUGAACGCCCAUCUGUUUCACCAUCUUACUCUCAAAAUAAACGGUCAACUCCACGUUCUGAAAAUGAGCAGAAUGGCUUGGAAAAUAAUAACAGAGUUAAGAUUGUAAGAGUUAAGGAGGAGAAAUCUACUUCAGAAAACACUAGCCCAAUGCGGGCUAAUUCUAAAAAUGAUAUUGAAAAGCAAGUCAGUUUGAAAGAAGAGAAGCGUAGAGAAGAACGACAAAUUAACAAUGUUCCAGAUCGAGAAGCAUCUGAUUCAGGGCGAGAUUCUCACUCUCAUCGUCGUGCUGUAGAUACCUUGGAUACCGAACGGGAACACAAGCGUCGUCGCACUGAUGGAGCUUCUUCUAGAAGUCCUCGGGAACCAAUAGAGAGAGAUUUACGCAGCAGUGAUGAAAGAAAUGGUAACCGUGAUAAAGUUUCUGUAGAAAAAAUGCACAAAGAGGUAGAAGUAAGUGCUGAGAAAACCAAACCUAAAGAAAAGAAGACUAGCCGGAAACGAGAGUAUCCUGAUGAUAGUCCUUCCGAAUCACGCCGCAGACGCCAGAAGGCAGACAAAGAUGAUGAAGAAUCGGGGAAGCGUAGUGUAGAUAAUGAUAGAGAAAUGAAGACACGUCGUGAAGAAAAAUCACCUGUAGUGUAUGCAGUUAAUACAGAUAGGAGAGUUGACAGAGAAGAAAAGAAGCACCAUCGUUCCAGUUCAGCAUCAGGAGUGAAGAAAAGGUCUUGAGAAACAGCAUUCCACCCAAUAUUUUGUCCAUAGCUAAUUUUUGGAGGAAUAUUAUUCCUCUUUUGGACCUAUAAAACUGUUUUUACUCAUUGCAUUUUGUAUUUUCCGGAUUCCAAGCCUGGAAAAGUAUUGAAUGAUUGAUUGCUCUCAGGCGGUGUUUGUAUAAAUUGUUGAUACUUAUUUUGUUGAGAUUAAAGUGAGGUGCUCAAUUUGUGGAUUAUUUUUGUAGAGCUAACAUUUUUGAUGAAGGAAACACUCAUUGCUGUCAUUUUUCUGCAUAUCUCACACAAAAAAAGUACGUGGACAUUUGUGAAGCAUACAUUGGAUGAAUAUACAUGUAUCUCCCCUCCACCCCAUCUUUUGUGACUGCAUUUUCAAAAGAUCAUAAAUCUUGUAUGUGCCCACAAUAUUGGGCAUUCAUUGUAUUUCAGAUGUACACAAUUCAAGCAUUAUAACUUGAGGUAAAUAAUGCCCAGUGAAGCAUUUGUUUUCUAAUGUAAUUUCUAAAUCUAAUGAGAGAUGAAGAGCUUGAAUGAAUUAUCUUUUUUGUGAAACCAUUUGCUGCUUUUUUUUUAAUGCUCAGUUUGUGAUAUUAAUUUAUUGUAUAUAGUUUCCUUUGUUUCAUCUGAAAUGAAAUUCAUGUCCACUUUCAAAUAUGUAGUUGAAAGAAAAUUAAAAUGAAUAUAUAAACUUUUUUGUAUUUUGUGUAAUUAGUCAUGUGUUCCAUCAAUGAAUUAGAAUAAUUUUUAAAUAUUUUUUUUUCUCCAAUGUAUAAUAUGAUUUAUGUAUUUGCAAUCAUAAGUUUUUUCAUUGAAAGGUUUGGUAAAAGAUGCCUUUAAUAAUGCUACAGUAAUUUUAAAUUCAUUAUGUAAUUGUAAUUUUCAAAAUAUAAGUGAUUAAAAUCAUACUUGAAUAUUUGAAAUCUCUCGAGUAUAGAUGACAGUUCAUUGUACUUGAAUUUGAUGUGUAUGCAUUUCAGAUUGUGCAAGAAAUAUUAAACAAAUUGAAAUAAAUUGUUAAAUUAAAAAUUAUAUAUUUCAACUUAAAAAGUUGUCGUUUCCAUUAUUUUUUAGAGUUUUACAUCAAUUGUAUUUAAAAGCUAAUUUUCUUUAAUAAUACUUACUUAUCUUCUGUAAGCUUUCCAUUUUAAUGCCUUAAUUAUUUUGCACAAUAUUAGUAGUUAUUUGUAUAGUACAAUUUACAUUAUUGUAUAAUGUAAAUUGUACUGCCUUUAAAAUAUCCUCUAUGAUUUGAAAUGUUUACAUAUUCAAUAUUAUAUUUAGCCAAGCUGUUUUCACUUUUGUAGGUUUUGAACUCAACAUAUAUCAUGAAUCAGCCACAAUUUUUAAAUAAUUAACUAACAUUGAUGCUUUGAAUUCUUUUUCUUUUACCAAUCUUUCAAUCUAAAGAAAUCUAGAAUAGAAUUUGAUUUUUAAAUGCAUAUGAAUUAUUUUUUAAAAAAAUGUAAGUGAAACAUGUUAUAAUAUGUUGUGGUUAACUGUAAUUUGGUAAAAAGAUAAAAUUCAGUAUUUUCUUUAUGCUUAUUGCAUCUUAAUUUUGGUAAACUAUUAUACUAUCUGGGAAUUCAUUUGACUUCUAAUAUUUUCAGAUUUGCUAUCUUUCCAUUUACCUCUUAAUAUUCACAUGUUCUAUGCAAAAGGAAUUUUAAUUAUGGCUUCUGUUUUAAAAUAUGAUUUAAAAGCUUGGAACUUUUUGAGUGCAUUAAAUAAAUAAUUUCGUUCUUGAACUCAUAAUAGUUAAAGAUAACUUGACUAAUAAUAUCCAAGUAAGACUUCAUUCUUACUUAAACCAGUAUUUAUCAAAUUGGUGCAUAUUUUUAUAAAAUCUGCAUUUAUAAUGCUUGGAACUAAAAUAAUUUGUUUUGUUUCCAGUCGUACUUAUAAUGUUGAAUUUUUUUGCUCUCUGAUUUUGGAGAUGUUUUGAUCCUUAAACUGUUGAUUUUACACAAUUAUAUUUAUUUCUUAUUUAUUUAUUUUUUAGUUUACAUUUCUUCUUAUGCAUUUAACAUUGCAUAUUGCCUUUAAAUAUUCAACAUUUUUAAGAAAAUGCAUAUCUUACGAGUUAAGCAGUAAUGAUGGGAAGUUAAAGUUUUGAAAUUACUCUUGAGCCUUAAAAGAUUCAAAUUUGCUUUUCCCAUUUCUUUACUAAAGAACAAAUAUAAUUUUAUACUAUUAGAUAUUAGAUAUUGGUGCUGUUGACAGGUUAUUCAAUAUGUGAUGUGUUAAGAUAGUUUUCUUCUUUCAUAUUUAUGAGAUAAUAUAUUUUCAAAAUUUAUUAUGGCUCAUAAUUUUUUUGAAACAUUUAUUUACUAUUGCAAAUUUUUCAUGAAAUUCAAAAAUCUUUAUAAGUGUUUUGCAAAAUAUUUCCAUUUAGCUAAAAUUGAACUUUGUAUCAACCGUACAAUCAUCAGAUUUGGCUGCUUGUAACUUUUAAUGUUGUAUAAAUAAAAUUGUAAUUUAAGUGUGACUGCAAGGAAUUAAUUUAUUUGUUUUGCUUGGUUCUUCUGUAAAUGAUUUUUCACCAAAAGUAAUAUAAAUUUGUUUGUGACUUUCUUUUAGAACAGAACAUAACUUUGAAGCUCAAAGUAUUUCAAUCUAUUUUCAUUAAUAAUUUAAGCUGACAGUACUAACAGUGUUAUGAAAGGCUUCAUCACAAUUAAUGUUAUGAAAAAUUAAUGCUAGAAAAAAGAUCCAUAAAAAGAUGUAAAAAUUUAUUACAUAAUAUUGGCCCAUAAUUAUUUUUAACAGCUUUAAGGUCUGAUAAAUUAACUUUUAAAAUGAAUAAAACAAUUAUGAAUUAAUUUAAAAGAAUGUUUAAAAAAUGAAAUCUUUGAAUUAUAAAAAUCUUUUAUGCAUGAUGCAUGAGAUUUUACAAUAAUAUAUAUUUAAAGAUGGAUAAUUGAUUUUUUAAAUGAAUGUAGAAAUUGGUAAAAACCUGUUGCUCAGCUUAGGGUGUUAAAAUCAAGUUCUAAUAAAAUAUAUUAAUAAUUACAGCUGGAUUGUAUUCAGAAUUUUUACCAUGUGUAGUUUUCUAUGUACUGUCAACUUCUUUUGCCAUAGAGUACCUUUUUUUUCUUUUCUUGUGAUUAUGUGGUUAUCGAAAACUGUACUAAUACUCAUUUGUCAUAAAACGUAUACAAAUGUAUAAUGUAAAUAUGAAGCAUUUUAUUCAUUGUGCAUAUAAGUGUAUAUUUCACUUUCAUUGUUAAAUGUCACACACAUUGCAUAUUAUGAAAGACUUCAGUACUUUUUAAAUACUCUAUGAAUUCUGUACUUUGUGAUGUUUUCUUUGAUUGUCUAUGGAGAACUAUUCUUACAUGCAUUUAGUUAAAUUUAUAUAAAAUUAGUUACAUUUUUAGGAACUUAUUGCUUUAGGGAUUCUAAAUUGCAAAUUUGGCACCUUUUUAAGAUUGAAAAAAAGAAUAAAAAAAAAGUGUUUUAUAGUUUCUUAUUUUGAUUGACUUAUAUAAUGUCAUUAUCUAAUUAGUAACUGUGAUAGGGCUAAAUAAAAUUCCUAUUUAUUAUGACUUCUGUCACUCAAAAGAUGAAAUAAGUGCCUUAUCUUAUAAAAAAAUAAGCUUUUGUCAUUAAAUUAAUGAUUAGGGUUGCUGUUUUUUUAUCAUCAAUAAGAUUGUUCUCCUAUGUCCUAAAAAAAAGUGGUAUGAUGUAAAUAUAGGCUUUUAUAGGUAACUUAAUGUGGGAAAAUUAGCAUGUUGUGUGUAAUUUGUGGAGCUUGUUUAAUCUAUAAAUGUGCUUCAGACUUGAUUAUGAUCAUUUGAUAUUCCUAAAUUGCAGAAUGUGGAUAAAAAUUAUUUAAGCUUCCUGUGUUUUCUAUAUGCACACUUUUGGGCAGUGCAUCAUGUCAUGUUCAUUGAAUUUUUAAGUUCAUUAAAGUGAUUAAACUAGAAUUUUACAUAUGACUCUUUUUUUGGAUUUUAAAAUGCCUGCAGCAUUAAUUGUUUUCAAA